AUGAAGACUGCAUGCCGCUACGAUGCGGCAACCUCUUUUCUGCCAGCAGGAACAGCGCCUGCUGGUGCUACUGUUGCUGAUGCUAUGCACAGCAAGAUUACCGAAUUUCCGUGUAGCAGCUCCUCUGAUGCGGCAGUGGCAACCAAUGCAGCACAGUACCGCAGGGAUCUCACUGAUGGGCCACAUGGCAGCGUGUAUAGCGACAACAGCAAACGCCGCUCACAAAAUACCCGAAUAUGGGUGCGAAAGUUUUUGAACCUGCGGGAUCCUGAGGAGCCCAGGCCUGAGCUGUUCGAUGUGCGAUGGAAGGACUCUGAGCCGAAGGUGGAGGUACUUGCCCUCAAGGUGUCUAUGACUUGCGUCUUCGCUCCUGACGGUACAACAGAGCCAGCCACCCUCCUCCAAGUACUGCCAGCUACCAUAGUGCAGUUCCUCGAGCACGGAAAAGCCCUUGUAGCUUAUGACGACCCCCUCCACAGCCACCGCUUCCUUAGGCGGUCAGUGCUUGGGAUUUUGCAGCGCGUGGGGAGCAGCGGGAGUGGCGCUACUACUGCUGGCGCCAGCACAAACAACAGCACAGGCAGUGGAAAUAUGAUUGCUGUGCAUGCACAGCCAGCCACAGAUUAUGUCUUGGGACAGAUCCUGGACGCCUCCGCCCUCAUUGGGGCGGCCCGCGUUACCGUAAAGGGGAGACCCAAGAAGAAAGGCUUUGAGGGAGUCAUGCAGCGCCACGGAUUCAAAGGGGGCCCCGCUACCCAUGGCUCAAAACAUCACAGGGGCCCCGGGUCAACGGGGGCGGGGACAGACCCUGGACGGGUUUUGCCAGGCACGCGGAUGGCUGGAAGAGACCCGAAGCAAACCAGCACAGUGCGGGAUUUGCUUCUUCUGGGUGUGAAUCUUAAGACUAACGCGCUGUUGGUGAAGGGCGCGGUGCCUGGACACCCCGGGAAGACCAUUUUAAAGGUCCAGUGGGACAGAGCGAGGCAGCAGCACCUAGAGCUGCGCCAGCGGCUGGCCAAGGUGGCUGCAGAGGAUUUCUUGCAGCAGAAAAAGGGGCGCGCUACCUAG